GGGGGGAGUUAAGUUAAGGCUGAAGACCAGGUGAGAGUGUACACAUCUGCAUCCCUGUCUGCUGGGUGUGUUUGAUGGCUGCUGUCCUUGGAGAGUGGCUGGCAAACUCUUCUUCCCUCCAGUGGGAAUGCUGGACUAGAAUAUCAUGAAUUUCCAGCACCCGUAGAACUAGAUGGUGGAAGAGGGCCAGGACAGCUUCUUAACCUCAUGCCCACCUGUUCCUAAGGUUUCCUUGCCUGUAGCACAUUGCUAGGGAAGUGAAAGGAGCUGACCUUUUGCGCCUUGAAUAAAGCAUCAGCUUUUCUUGAUUUCAGUAACAUUUAUGUGGGGCUGGGUGUAAAAAUGUUACUGCUUUGGCUGCUGAUAUGCCUGAGGAUGACUCACUGGGAAAGGGUCCUGGAAGAGUGUCCUUUCUUGUCAAAAGCUUUGUCACUUAUGGUAAAGUUCACUGGAGGUGGGGGAUCAAAAUAUCUCCACAGGACUGACAGUAAGCCUGCAGCAUCUCCAGAUUUAGGUGCCUGGCUUUCCAAAAGCUACAAGGUUUAUUCCAAAUCUGAGAGUUCUAGUGGGAGUUUGGCAUUUGUGACAAGCCUGCUGAGAGCCUAUCUGCAUUUCUAAAUAAGUAAAUGUCUUCAGAAGUCAGCCUCCUGAAUUGCUCUAGAUCCACCAGAGUUGUGACACAGCCUCAUUUCCUUCCUUUGUGAGUGCAGGUUAGGGCCAAAUUCUACUGUGUUUGCUAAGGCAAAGCUUCUUCUGGCAGCAAAACAAGCCUUCUGCAUCAGUUAGAUGGUACUCUGGAUGACCUCAGAUUUUUGUGUCUCAGUCUUCUGAGAUUUACACCAUGAAGUCUAAGUAGCAACUUUUGUUGGCAGCAUUGAAUUCAGAGCAGACCUUGACCUAUUUGAAGUCAAGAAGCUUCACUGCUUUCCCACAGCUGGAGGAGAUGUUGUUACUGAGCAGCUGCCUAUUACUGAGCAGCUGAGGAGGGAAUGUGACUCGUGAAGUCAUGCUCUGCUCUUAGAAGCAAGGAUGCACAUCUGGAGCAAACUCACUGACCUUGGUGGAGUUGUUCUAGCUUUUAGACACUGCAGUCAGUUAUGGAUCCUGACCCUGUGCAGCUUCAGCGGCUGCAAAAGGAGGAGAGAAGGGCUCAGUUGGCAUGUUUUGUUUUCCUGCAGCUGGGAGUUUGCACCAUGAAUGAUAUCUCUCCCAGAUGGAGCAGAUUUUAGAGGCUGAAAUAUCUCCUUGAGAAAGUUUUAUCAGGGACAAAUUUAUCUGUGGUUGGGGUGUGGGACUCUGACGUUCCUGAGGGAUGAGACCCAUAGCAAAUUUUGGAAAGAAGCUGCUAUGCAUACACCACCUCUCUAUAGCAGUGAGUUAUUCAGGCUAUGCUUACUGUAAAUCCUGCUUGCCUGUCGAUUUAAUAGCAGAUAUCUGCAGAAGCUCCAGAGUUUAGCAUUUCACUUGGAUUAAUUUGUCUUUGGAUGCAGAGCCAAUGUUUUCCUUCAUUUUUCCGGCAGUGUCGGAGGCUGUGUCUGCAUAUCUCAGUGGCUUAACUCGCAUUGAAGCUUUGGUUACAAGCAGGAAGUUGCUUUAAUGUACAAGAAUUUGAAUGUGGGAGAGUAUUUCAGACUUGCCGACCUCUACUUUGGCUGUGCCAGUGAUUAUUACUGAAGUGAUUAAAAGUUUCUGAAGGAGAGGAGAGGUUUGUUAGUGGCUCUGUGGUUUGUGUGGGUUUGCCUGUUUGUUUGUGUAAAAGUCACCUCCCAUCCAUGCAAACCAGUUUAUGUGGACACAUCCAUACAUUCAGCAUUUAGCAUACGUUCUCCUGCUGAUUAUUUUUCCACCAGCAUUUUGAUGCUGCGGUUAUUGGAGCUGCUUGUGGAUUGUAGCUCAAACUCAGAGGAGAGCCCUGUUCCAUCUGAGAUGCUCACCAUAUGAAUCCCCCUGGCUACCUGCCACGGCUCACUGUUCCCUGUAGGCUUGGAUGGUCGGUGUUCCUGCUGCCAGCCACCCAGUUCCUCUGAACGAGAAUGGGAAAACACAUUCCUUCCAUUGUUCCUAAGUUUCUCCUCUUGCAGGUUGCUGCGUGUUUGAUAUCAGGGUGCAAAAGAAUCUAAGCUAUGCUUGUUUUUCUGUCUUUUUAACUAAUUUACUGACUAGGAAAGAAUGAGAAAAAAUUAUUUGAAUUAAGCCCAUCGGGCCAAUUCAUCAGGGAGGAUAAAUCAGUGCAGCUCUGUGAGUUCUGCAAAGCCACAGGCAAGUUAAAUCACAUUGCUGUCUGGCUGCUGAGAUUCUCUACCUGUGCUCACAGAGCAGAUGUAAAUGUCUGGAGAGGGCAGGACAUAGCAGAGUCCUUCUCAAGGACAAAAGCCAAAGCAAAAACUCUAAGUGUGGCAGCUGUCUCUCUUCCAGAUCUGUUCUUUUUUCCUCGUUUUUCUUUUUUUUCCUUUUUUUUUCCCAAUGGGAGAAACAGUAAAAUUGUGGCAAGAAGAAUGAAAUUACAGAGGGCUGUUAACCCAGCACUGAUCAGCUCCUUAUUCUAGCCUUUAUGUGCUUCAGUUAGCAGGCAGGGGACUCCCACAUGUCUAAGCCACAGUCCUGCAUGAGCAGCAUGGGUAGACUAUCCUGGUGGGAAACAUUUUCUCAAGAUAGAGAUCUGAAAUACUUCUUAUUCUGCAAUUGAAGUCAUACUUACCAUGUUGCUUGGUAAUGCUUUAUGUAAAAAAAGAAAGCUGUCAGAAGAUGCUAACAGGACAAAGUCCUUGAAUCUAGUAAUCAACAAGAAUGAAGGUUGUAUACAUCACCUCUCACACUAAUAACCAAAGCCCCGCUGUUCCUGUUCAAGCCUGUUGUCUGGUUACUGUCAGGAAUAUCAGUGGGACCCUUUCAUUGUGUAGGGCGAAGUCCUCAAUCUAAAUAUUGCCUGUCAGUGAUAUGCUUGGAUGAAGGGAAAAUGACGCAGUAGCGCAUGGUGCAGUUCUUAGCGCUGCGCUCUGCGGUAGACCUGUUGGGUGAUCCUGUGUAAGUCACUUCACCUCUUGAGGCCUUUGUUUCCUUUUCUGGAAAAUGGGAUAAAUGGGCCUCUCUUGGAUAAGGCAGCCCAGGGGUUGCCAAAGAAAUGCGAUAACACAGAGGUGUGACGUACAAGACCAAUAAUCAUCAAUUACAAUGUUUGACUGUUCAUGAGUUCAACCAAAGAGCGACUGUUGCUCACAGCUGCCAUCACCUCUGAGUGAUCUCAGAACUUUUUUCCUGCAGCCCGAGGGAGAGCGUUGCUUUCCAGAAAAUACAUCUUUUGUCUCCUGCAAUUUCUGCUGCAGCACAUGAUGCUGUCACGUAUCCGUAGCCAUCUGCACCUUGGCCCUCACCAGAAUCAGAAUGAUGAGCAUUGCUUGGUUGUUCCCUUCCGCCAAGAAAUCAUUCCACAUGGCUUUCAUUUGCCUGCUUUUGGUGCUAGGGAGAAAAGACAAGGAAGAGAGACAGGCUACUUCUUGCACAUUGCUGAAAAACACAGUAGAAAAAAUCUAUAUAUACCUCUGCAUAUGUGACUGUCAUCUCUGCUUUCACCCAGAGCCUUUCUUCACAGUGGUCUGGUAAGGGUGAUCUUCCCAAAAUGUUGGUGAAGGUAAUGGUAAGAGACUUGCACAAAAGGUCCCGAUUCCCUGCUUCCCUUCCCUAGAAGACUUUAGAAGGCUUCAGUAGCUGUCUGCCAGCUCAGACAUGAUACUCGAGGUCUGAUCUGAUGCAAUUCAGGCAUCCCAAGUGAUGCUCAUCGAAGAGGAAAAAAAACAAAUAGCACCAGAUGUGGGCUGAAAGAACAAGCACACGUAGCAUCUGCCUGUGACACUGGAAAGGGAUCUGAGAGAGAAAUGAAAGCAAACUGAGUUGGGGUAGAGCACUGAACUCAGCUGGUAGAUGUUACUCAAGUUGUUGGGUUUUUUAUGUGUUAAAGUCUGAAACUGCUAAAAGCCACAGCUUUAUAUGCUGUGAAAGGAUUCACUGGUUGUGGAGUUGUCCUCUAAAAGCUACAGAGAGGGACGUAUUGCAAACAAGAAGGUUGUUUCCUGGUUUUAGAAUAUUCAUACAUUUAACCUAAGUGUCCUGAAGGGAGUUUUCUUUCAGUGCCUGUUUUUUUCUUUUGCUUUGGGAAAGUUUUAAUCAGAGCAUAAAGAGAGGUGUGGGUUGCAGCUCUCCCUGUAGGCAGAGAGAUACUAUGCCCAAGAUCUAUAACAUGAAAUAUCAUUUCAUGGACUUCACAUCUUUCUAAAGAGUCCUCCUUAUUUUUAGUGAAAAUGAGGAAGGGACAGAGCACAUUUCAGAUCUACUCUGCCCCUGAAUUCACCAGAAGGGCUCUGAGCCCCAAAAGACAAAUUCAGUGAGAGACACAUCAAGCGGAUGCCAUUAUGGUCCGACUUCUUUCUAAUUGGCCUCAUCUGUUAUGCUUAUUUUUAGAACCAUGACUGAACCUUAAUUAAGAGCGACAUUGCUUUGAGUAGAUUGUGGCCCCGCUCCGUUGAAAUCCUAAUAGGCUUCUGGUGCUUUAGUUUUUCCUUCAUCUCCUGCUUAAUAGCUGGGCAUAGGGACUGAAGCAUGUUAGGAUAUCUGGAGAAGGCAUCCUUGUUACAUUAGUGCUCCUGGGUACGACCAUCUUGGAAGCAUGAGCACAGCAGUGAAAAAUCAGACCCUUGCUUGUACUUCACAGAUACAUAUAUCCAGGUACAUAGUCAUUCUGAGAGACUAUACAGGAACUGCUACCAUCGAGAUCUCUUCACAUAGUCAUCCGCCUGCAGUUCUUGCUGGCACGGCAGCAGCAGUUGGUAUUGCUGCAUGGCUCCUCACUGCUCCUUUUGGAGGCUUAGGGAAAUAGUGAAUUCUCUGGACAAGCAUAGAAAGCAGGAGAAUGGCAGUUUGAAGAAGCUAAAUUGCUUGCUUUGGUCAAGUCGGGCAUUUCUGCACAAAAGUGGAAGCUGUCAGAGGACAUGAGGCUGGUGGAUGGUUGAAGCAACACACUCCAGUUGUGUGUACUGUGGCAUCAGUAAGGAACAGUACAUAAGGAAUGGAUAUUAGACAGUACGAUGUUUUGUAUGGGUUCAGUUUGUAGCUAUGGAAAAAAGAUAAGCCAGUCUUUCUGUUGCACUGUGAAGAAAGCUUCUGAUGGCCAUUCUUUAAGUGCUGAUUAAUAUAUAGUUAGUACCAAGGAAUCUUCAUAAGGUUUGCCAUUCUGUUAUUAUUUUGCAUACAAAGCAUAAAAAUAAUUUUCUGCAGAUAUUACAGGGGAGGACACAGUCAGUUCUUCCUAAUAAAAGAGAGCUAUGGGCCUUUUCAUAGUAAAGGGCCUCAGAAAUGUCACCGUAAGCCUUGCAGCCCUGACUGCGUUGAGCAGACUGUGUUCCAGAAGACUGCUAAUGUCUUAAAACGCUGUGAUGAGUAUAGCAAGAAGGAGCACCCAGAUAACAGUAGCUGGGCACAACUAAAGACUUUAUUUCCCUUCUGUUUCCCAGUUUACAGUGUGAAUUUGGCAAUAUCUGAUAUGUAAUCAGUGUUAGAGCUGCAGCGUUGCAUUGGGGUCUGCUGACUUCUCUGGGUACGUUUGCUCUGACUUGUAGGAUGCCAGCCUGAGCUGGCUUGCCAUUUACUUGAUUGCAGGAGGUGUCCAGGAGGACCUUCUUGCAUUAUCUGAAAAGGAGAACUUCUUAGUAAUACAACUGUUCAAAUGCUUCCACAAGUAUGGUGCAGUUACAGACCUUGAGGAACUAAGAGAAAGGGUAAGGAGGUGGGAUGGUUUAGUAUUAUUGUUACAUUUUGAAAUCCUGCAGCCUCCUGAUGUUGUCGUAGGCCACUGAGCUAUACUAAAUUUGUACCAACUAAAGGUCUAUUAAUUUAUCUUAAGUCAGGAAUUAGCUGCUGCAUUUGCAAGGUUUAUCACUCAGCCCAUUUGUCUGGGUUGAAUCAGGAUCUGACACUUCCCAAAGGCAGUUCUGUCCUGCUUGCCUUAAAGAGUUUAAUCUUGCACUGUUUUUAAUUGUUUCCUGACAGUUGUGCUCUGCAGUGGUGCGAGUGUAACCAGAAGCUGUUGCAAAAUCAGCAGAUAAACCAGACCCAACUCUCUGCAGCUCUGCAAUGGGAGAUGGCUGUUUUGUAGAUGCUGUUGUAUUACACUCCAACUGCAGUCCUUUUCCCUCCUUGGGCAGCAAUACUUACAAAUUUAAGCUUAAUGAUGUACAGUGAAGCAAGGUGCUAUUUUCAGGUGUUACAGCAGGCUGCAGGCAGGGUCUUCCUGGUAUUCCCACAUGCAGGAGAGGCUGUGCCUUCCUUUCCAUCUUCUGUGCUCUACGUCAGGAGUCUCUCGAUUGAUUCAGUGGGGACUGGUCUGAGCCCUCAGUCUCUGCCAUUGGGUGUAUGUGUGCAUGCAGACCCUCCAUGUCUCCAUCCUGCCUUCUGCUCAGGGAUCACCUGCGUGUCUGCAACAUGAGACGGAGAUCAUGUGUACUGCGGCACUUCCCCUCUUGGCUUAAGCUUGGCUAGGAUUUGGUUACCCUUAAUCCACGUUUCCAGGAUCAGGCGGAGUGAAACUCCGGGCCGACCUCACUCCUGGCAUUCAACCAAACUUUUGGAGAACCAACCCGAUCCCAGCAUGAUGCAAAUAUCUCAGGGUAUGCUUGGCACCCCUUGGCUUCAGUCCUACCACUCCAGCUCCUCAACCAGCGAUCUCUCUGGUUAUGAGCAUGGCUAUCUGAGGAGAAGCCCUGACCAGUACAGUUCUCAGGGCAGCAUGGAAAGCUUGGACCACUCCUCCCCUGGCUACCAUCCUUGUCACCUGUCCCCAGCCAAAUCCACCAACAGCAUCGACCAGCUCUCCCACCUGCACAGCAAGAGAGAUUCAGCUUACAGCUCCUUCUCCACCAACUCCAGCAUUCCUGAGUACGCCGCUUCGCCGUUCAGCAAGGAGCACUCGUGCUCCACAGACAGCAUGCGCUCCCGCGGCAGCCUGCCGGAGGGCAUGAAGCAAGCUGACAUCAGGUAUGUCAAGACAGUCUAUGAUUCCCAGCGAAGGAUUUCUGAGGAGUACGAGGUGAAAUCCUCUGCUUUGCUUCCAAGCAGUGAGGCCCGGGCCUCUCUGGACGGCCGUGGCCAUGGCAGACUCCACAACUUCAGCCGGAACAACACAGCUCCCUCCUGGAUGCAGCCAGGCCAGGGCUGCUCAGACAGCGAAAGUAAACCCCACAAGGGACCUCCCUUGCCUCCCACUCGCAGCGACAGCUACGCAGCCAUCAGGCAUCACGAGAGACCCAGCUCAUGUUCUGGCCUUGAUCUGAACAAGCCUAGCCGAAGCCAGCUGAAAGGGUCCUGGUCUCCUCUUGUCAGCCCCCUCUCCCAGGGACCUCUGCUGAAGACCCACUAUGGAGAAGGGCAGCUGCAUACAGUGGUGGAGAAGAGCCCGGAGAGCAGCCCCACAGUGAAGCCCAAGCAGAGCUAUUCCCAGCCAGGGCAGCCCCUGCUGCCUACUGGGGUCUACCCAGUACCUUCUCCAGAGCCACACUAUGCCCAGGUGCCCCAGCCUUCUGCAAGCAAUAAUGGGACUCUUUUUCCAGCUCUGGCCAAAGAAAGUGGCUACUCUCCAUCUCUUCCAGCCUCAUAUGACAAAGGUGCAGCCAGCAGCACCCUGGGCUUUGAUGAGAAUGGAAACCAAAGUACUACAAACAGAUUGGCUGUUUUCUACGAGCCCCCAGAUGCUGAGAGAAAGCACGAUGCCACAGCAAAGCUUGUCCAGGAAAAACCUCAUAACACAGCAGGUCCAGAAGUCUACUUAAGCAUGUCAAGGAAGGAGGAGUUGUUACCCUCUUACAAGGUAGCACACAGCAACCGAGACACUGUGAGUCCUGCACAGGCCUCUAAACACAGCUUUCAAGCCCCGCAGAUCCAGCCAAGAGAUGCCGGUGAGAGAAAAAACCCCUACCAGCCCAGAGAGGACCGGGAAGAUGAAUCCCAGGCAGACAAAAAUGGCAACGUGCAGAUAAAUGAGAGAGAUGCUGCCACUCACCUCCAGUGGGGUCACAGCAAAUCCAGGCAGUAUAGCUUCUCUUCUUUGCAGAACAUCCCUGAGAGCUCCAGGAGGCAAAGCAGCUCUGAGCCAUGUGAAAAUUAUUCCAGUGCCAAGCUGUCCUACUUGAACAGCAGCAGCAAAGAGGAGAGGGAUCACAGGGGACAGUGGAGCAAUGCAGACCCGCAGGCCUUUGUGAGGCAGGACGAGGGCAAGAGCAUGGCCCCAUCCCAUGCUGUUGAGCCAAAAUACGAGGAGAUUCCUUUGCAGCACCCAAAGACCUCUGAUCUUGGGAGGAGCCGGCUCAGCUCUAGCAGCACCCAAGGUGUUCUUUAUGGCAAACCAGAUCCCAGCAAGUCCCGCUGCUCUGUGCUGGAGAAGGUCAACAAAUUUGAGCAGCGAGAGCAAAGCACUCAGCGGCCCCAGAGUGCUGGCGUUCCCAGCUUUGGCCAGCACUAUGGGCUCAGCAGGGUAAGCCAGCCUUCCAGCACCAAGAGCUCUCCAAACAGCCCAGAGGACACGCGGAGCAAACUUGGCACCCAGCUGCCCAGUGAGAUGAGCGGGGUCUCCAGCCCCUCUGUCAGGAACAGGAAGUUGGAAGAGGCUGAUUGGCGCUGUGUGGAGCUGCAGAUGGCAGCUUCAGCGAAGCUGGCAAGAUGCAAUGAGUACUAUGGCCCAUGUCCUGAAAGUGAAGUGCAGGUAAGGGUGGCUCAGCUACCAAGAAGCAAAAGCACAUUCCAGCUAGGAGGGGAGCCUGAGAAAGAAGUCCUCUGGAAGGACAACAUCCAGGAUGCCCACGGGUCACAGCUGGACACACCAUUCAACAGGGCCUACAGGAACAGCAUUAAAGACGCACAGUCCCGAGUGCUGAGGGCCACCUCCUUCCGGCGCAUCAGCCCCCCGUUUGCGAAUAUGCCCAAGAGGACGAUUCAGCGGCCUGCCUCGGCUCAUGUGGGCAUGAGGAGCAUGGCACCGUCUCCCCACACCCCAAAGGAGAGACACAGCGUCACGCCAACGGAAGGCAGCCUCUCUGCCCUCGACCACUCCAGGACACCGCACAUCUUGCGCAUCGGGGGCCGGAAGCGGCUGACAGCGGAACAGAAGAAGCGGUCUUACUCAGAGCCAGAGAAGAUGAAUGAGGUGGGCAUCUCUGAUGGGGAGCCCUCACCUUUCUCCUUCCAGAAGAAAGGCCUCCAUUUUGUAUUCCCAGAGAACACGGUGGCUGACAGGCGUAAGAUCUUUGAAAGGGAUGGCAAAGCUUCUUCCACAGUCAGCCUCUCUAAGCCAGAGCUCAAGCAACUCCAGCAGAAUGCCCUCGCCGACUACAUUGAGCGCAAAACGGGCAAACGACCAUCCUCACAGGACAUUGGGCUGCUCAGGGAGCGAUCCCACAGCUCCUACCUGCAAGCAGGUGGCCAGGACAGCCAGAGCCUUUCCUCUGCCUCCAGCAUGAAUUCUCUCCAGGAUCAGAACCUCUUCCGCCAGAGAGAGUUCACUGAGUGGAUAGCCAGGACAGGGCGGGUGUCUUCCACCCUUCCUCCGGGGCUGACGGGCUGCUUUGAUGGGAGUGGGGAUGAGCAGAAGAAAGGACACCGGGACAGCUCGAUCAUGAGCAGAUCGAAAACAGACAGGUGUUGGGAUUACAGAGCCAAAAUGGAGGUCACCAAAGGUACGCAGACAGAUCCUCUGCGCCCACAAGGCCAACCUUGCUAUGGGAAGAAGGAGCGGAGCUUUGAAACACCCGGGAAAUCUGGGAAAUCAGUGUCUGUGGAAGACUUGCUUGAUAGAUAUGACAAUCAGCAAAGGAAUGCAUAUGUCCCUGUGCACACACGUUCCAGAUCGUCCCCCACAGCGGAUAAAAACCACCAGGACCUGCUGAGAAGAGAAAGCAGUGAAUUUGGUGCCAUGGUGAGAGAUCCUUUCUAUGUAAUCAGUGCAGGAACCAGGUCUUCCAGCAAGAAAGAAAGAAGCCACUCAGAAAAAAUGACAUUUACAAGUUAUUAUCCCCAUCCGCCCCACGUCAGUGAGAUUGGCGCUGGGUCUUCCUCACUGACCAAGAACCAUAAAGUCUCAGAACUUUCCAGACAAGAUAGCAGGAGUUCUGCAUUUGUUUCAUCUCCAGCAGAGGCAAGGAGUCACUAUCCUGAGCAAAAGCAAGGCUUUAAAUCCAUGCUCCUCAUUCCUUCUGCAUCUAGCCAGUCCUCCCCUAGUACACCUGCCCAGACUCCCUCCGACUUGCAGGCCACAGGCGAUGGCCAGGCUCUGAGACAGCAUCAUGCCAAACAAGAUGCUUUUCCUCCAGGGGGCAGCAGUACUACUCAGACACAGUCUUUGGAUGCUCUUCAGGAUAGGUCCCUCGAGGCUCCCUCAGAGGAGAUUGUGUGCAGAAGGAAAGCAGGGCAGCUGCAAAGAUCCCUCCCACCCAGAGUGAUGUGGGCUCACUCAGUCAAAGACAACAGCUUGCCGCAUGCUGUGGUGCCUCCUCCAGCAGAUGGGCCAAAGUUCUCCCAGAGGUGGCAGUCCCUUCCGACACAGAGCAGCACUUCCUCUGACCCAGAGACUCCUUCUCCCCAGGCGACAACUCACCUCCGGAUCUCAGAGUCAUGCCUGCAGCUCACACCUCCACCGUUGCUGCAGGAUGAUGAAGACGAUGAGGUGUUCAUCAUGCCUUCCCAGCCUGCUGUCACUGCUCCAGCCUUCUCACCCCCACUGCCACCCCAUCCUCUUCCCGAGCUGAGCUCUUGCACUUCAGUGAAUGGCACGGAGGAAUUCCCACCUCCUCCCCCACCAACUGCACUUGAGGAAUAUGGGGCAGCUGGAGACAAAUCCAUCAGGCUCACAGAGGACAAAGUGAGCAGCUUCAAAAGCUUUUCCAAAGCCCUGGCCAAGAGGGAGAUAACAGGGUUGGGCACGAAUAGCAGUGAAAAUAAUUGGUCCUUCUCACCAUCUUUAUCAAAGAGGACUAAUUCUUCACCUACUGUGGAUAAGCAGCACCGAUCAGCUACUUCCUCUGAAGGGCCUCAAAGCUCUAAUGGAGAACCCACGACUCAACCUGAGGACAACCACAGAGAACCAGCAGUUAUCACCAGAGAGUCAGAAAAUGGCAGCGCAGACUCUGGGACACUCAACACAUGUCCUCCAGUGAAGACAAAGAAAAAAAGCCCAGAGGAUAUUAAGUCAGAGGCUUUAGCAAAAGAGAUUGUCCAUAAAGACAAGUCUCUGGCUGAUAUCCUGGAUCCUGACUCCAAAAUGAAGACAACCAUGGACCUAAUGGAAGGGCUUUUCCCCAGUGGAACCAGCUUGCUGAAGGAGAACAACAUGAAAAGGAAGAUGACACAGAAGAAAGCUAGCAGGACAGUAGCAGAAGAUAACAUGAAAGAAGAAAAGGAAGCUCCUGUAACUCUGGUCACCUGCCCUGCUUAUUAUAAUGUUUCAGCACCCAAAGCAGAACUACUGAAUAAAAUCAAAGACUUGCCAGAAGAAGUAGGGGAGGAGGAGGACCUGCUGGACAUCAACGAGAAGAAGGCUGAGCUCAUCGGGAGCUUGACCCACAAACUGGAAAUCCUGAAGGAAGCGAAGGAAGGCUUACUUGCAGACAUCAAAAUGAAUAAUGCUCUUGGAGAGGAGGUGGAGCUGUUGAUCAGCGAGCUAUGCAAACCAAACGAGUUUGACAAAUACAAGAUGUUCAUCGGCGAUUUGGAUAAGGUGGUGAACCUCUUGCUUUCUCUCUCAGGACGCCUGGCCCGGGUAGAGAAUGUUCUCAGUAGCCUAGGGGAAAAUGCCAACAGUGAAGAGCGGAGCUCUCUGAAUGAGAAGAGGAAACUGCUGGCUGGCCAGCAUGAAGAUGCCCGGGAGUUGAAGGAAAACCUUGACCGUCGAGAACGGGUGGUUUUGGACAUCCUGGGCAACUACCUCUCUGAGGAACAGCUCCAGGACUACCAGCACUUUGUAAAGAUGAAGUCCGCGCUCCUCAUAGAGCAGCGAGAGCUAGAUGAUAAAAUCAAACUGGGUCAGGAGCAGCUCAAGUGCCUGAUGGAAAGCCUCCCCACAGACUUCACGCCCAGGGAUGCAACAGCAGCAGCUGCCCUAGCUGCAGCACUUGCUACCUCUGCUGGAGUCAACGGUAAAACACUUCCAGCAGUCUCAUCCUCACUCUAACCUUUCCCAUGUGGACCUGGGGCAAAGUCUUCCUGCUUGAGUCUAUUUAAUCCGAGUACUGCGCAGAUGGUUCUCUACAGUGACAAUGAACAGAGACAGGUUUAAAACAAGAUUUCGGUGGAGGAAACAAAUAGCAAUAAUAAGGGUUUUAUUUUUCUUUCCUUCCACCACUGCUUCCUGGAAACUUAAAUCACUCUGGAGGGAACGAAACUAAAUUGUGUCUCCUCCUAACAGAGAUGAAGAAGAGACUCAUGAGAAUUAAACACGUUACUUUUAAUAAAAAAAAAAUCACGUCCUCUCUUUCCUGCUUUUCCUGCCUACCUGGCACCUCAUUAAAUAAUGAAGGAUCUAAAAGAAUGAAGCCUUAAAAAUAAAACCAACCCAUCCUACUGAACAUUAUUGAUAUUUAUGUUUUUUAAAGAACGAGGCGAUGUGUAAGUUUUUGUACAUACUCUAAUCAGUUGCUUGAUUCUACUUUGUUCUGUAUGUAGAAAAGACAUUUAAUUUUGUAUUUUGUGAAAACUUUAACAAAAAGAGGGAACCCCAAAGAUAGUGAUGCAUUAGCCCGGAACAUCUCUUUGUGGUUUUGUUGUUGUUAUUGUUUGUUUUUUUAAUAUAAUAAAAGGCUACCAGAAGAAGCUUCAA